CACCAUUUUCAACUACCCUCACAGCCUCACUCACUCACACUCUGCUCUCUCUCUCUCUCUCUCUCUUUUCGCCGCCGCCGCGCCUGGCGGAUUCCCCUAUGUUUCAUCUGCUCUUCCACCUUCCUCAUCAUCAUAUACCCUCCGCUUCCCAGUGCUCCUCUUUCUCUAUCUAAAACGUACACAACUGCCGCCUGCAAGUCCACGAGCCCAAGAGCAGGUUUGCAAUAAUGGCUUUAGCUCCCACUUCCACCCAGAUAUCAAAACCGCUCUUUUCCACUAGACCCAUUUCUCAAAGAGGCGUCUUUCUGCUGCCCGCCGCAUCCAGGGCCCAAUCCCGGAAAUCUUUAAUCCGAUGCUCUGUAGCGGCGGCUCCGGCGACUGCGACCGUGCCUGAGGCGGCCAAGCUGAAGUCUUUGAAGGCCAGGCAGAUAAUUGAUAGCAGGGGAAAUCCGACUGUGGAAGUAGAUCUGGUGACUGAGGGUGGGCUGUACCGGUCGGCGGUGCCCAGUGGGGCUUCCACCGGGAUCUACGAGGCAUUGGAGCUCAGAGAUGGUGACAAGAGCGUUUAUGGAGGCAAGGGUGUCCUUAAUGCUGUUAAGAAUAUCAAUGAAAUCUUGGGUCCUAAGCUUGUCGGAGUAGAUAUCAGGAACCAGGCCGAUGUGGAUUCACUUAUGUUGGAGAUUGAUGGAACUACUAACAAAUCCAAAUUGGGAGCAAAUGCAUUACUAGGAGUCUCUCUGAGCGUGUGUAGAGCAGGUGCCGGGGCCAAAGGGAUACCUUUGUACAAGCACAUUCAGGAGCUGUCUGGAACCAGAGAGCUCGUCAUGCCUGUUCCUGCAUUCAAUGUGAUCAAUGGAGGCAGUCAUGCUGGCAACAAUUUGGCUAUGCAAGAAUUCAUGAUUUUACCUGUUGGAGCUGCCUCGUUUGCAGAGGCACUCAAAAUGGGCAGUGAAGUGUAUCACACCCUCAAGGGAAUCAUCAAAGCAAAAUAUGGACAGGAUGCAUGCAAUGUUGGAGAUGAAGGAGGAUUUGCUCCAAAUGUUCAAGACAAUAGAGAGGGAUUGGUAUUAUUAAUGGAUGCAAUUGAAAAAGCAGGCUACACUGGCAGGAUAAAAAUAGGCAUGGAUGUUGCAGCAUCAGAGUUUCUUACGAAAGACGGGAAGUAUGACCUUAAUUUCAAGAAUCAGCCAAAUGAUGGCUCUCAUGUGCUUACUCCUGAGAGCCUUCUUGAGCUGUACAAGCAGUUCAUCAACGAUUUCCCUAUUGUAUCGAUUGAAGAUCCCUUUGACCAAGAUGAUUGGAGCUCUUGGGCAGCACUAGAGUCAUCCGUUGAUAUCCAGCUUGUGGGCGAUGAUUUGCUGGUGACAAAUCCAAAGAGAAUAGCUGAAGCCAUUCAGAAAAAGGCCUGCAAUGCUCUACUGCUCAAGGUUAACCAAAUAGGUAGCGUGACGGAAUCCAUUCAAGCAGCACUGGACUCAAAAGCAGCAGGAUGGGGGGUCAUGGUCAGCCACCGCAGCGGUGAAACAGAAGACAAUUUCAUUGCUGACUUGUCCGUUGGUCUCGCCAGUGGACAGAUCAAAACAGGAGCUCCCUGCCGAAGUGAGCGCCUUGCCAAGUAUAACCAGCUUCUGCGCAUUGAAGAGGAACUUGGAGAUGUUCGCUAUGCUGGUGAAUCUUUCAGAUCGCCGUGAGGAAAGCAAGACAGAGACUCACCACAUGGAACAGUUACGUCUGGUCUUUGCUUGUUUUCAGUUGUUUGUUGUAGGAAAGAGGAACAACUAUGAAAGCAUUUAUGUAUUCUUUAAGGAUAUCAUGUAUCUUUUCUUCCAAAGUUAUUGUGAAAUUUCGUCUGGUCAUUGCCUCUAAGGUAUGUUUGGAUCACAAAUAUUUCUGUUUCGAGAUUCUUUAAGAAACCUCUGUUUACAUGUAUGCUGUUUCAGUUCAACUAAGAUUAAGAAAGUCAUCAACUUUGAGAAAUGUGAAGAAACUGCAACUCACGUU